UGCAUUCUACAUCAGAGGCUAUAAGAGGUCCAUCUUUCCACCAACUUUUCCUUCUUCCCACAUCAGCCCAUCAUAGCACACUCGACUUGCUCCACCUCUCACACCUCAAGCUUCCUCUCAGCAUGUCUCUUCUCAACAAGGUUCCCUUCCUCGCCGUGCUCGGCCUGCUUCUAGCCCUCGCGCCCUACCUCGCAUCCUCAGCACCAGCACCCGUCACUUCCCCUGCGAACAAGGCGGUCGGCUCGCUCAAGUGCAGCUUGGCGGCCUCGGGCACCCUCAAGCUCGUACCCGCCCGUGCCGGUAGCAACAGUACCGCACUGGGCCUCUCGAACGCCGGAACAAGUGACGUUCGUCUGCUCAACCGCUUCAACAACAAGGAGGCACACGCAUCCGUCGAGUUCUUGCAAUGCAGCGACAGCUCCUUCUUGGGCUACAAGAGCACGGACAAGAAGAAGUACGGUCACAUUCAGGUCAAGGCCAAUGGGGAGUGUCUGGUCGGUCAGGACGGAGACAACGCCUCGAGUACCUUCCUCACGCACCCUGGAAGGCGUUGCUCCCUCAGUGACGACUCCGGCCAGCUCUUCCAGACCUGGUCUUUCGAGCGUGGCGCACACGGCAGUCCAGUCAUCAAGUACGUGCGCCACCGCAAGGGGGACUCUUUUGCUGGUAACCAGUUCAGCUACAGCUUUACACCUCAUGGCUCCGUGAUUGGACAGCAGAGGGGAAACGAUGGUAGCCAUCUGAGCUUCUAGAGAGGCUAUGUUGGCGACGAAGCUUUGUGCUGUACUCUAUGGCCGUCGCGUUCUCCUCAGACACCAUGAAAUGGACUCUACUGCGCUGUCUCAAAUUCAAUCCCACGAUCAUCAUCCCAUCCAAUCAAUCGCCAACUUUUAUCAUUGGAGAGUGAAAAAAGGGAAAGCCGAAAGCAGAUCAGGGGGCCGCGACCUCGCGAGGUCGAAGAAGAAGAGUGAAGUGUUACCCUUCAUGCUCCCUCACCCUCGACGUCCCCAGACGGUA